AUGGAAAGCUUGCUCUGUGAUGAGGUUUGGCCGUCAAGUCCUGCUGUGAAUGAUCCUAUGAAUCACAUUGAUUUUGAUCAUUGUGGUUCAAAGAGUUACUGUGGAUCAUCAAUGCACACAACUAAGGAAGACUUUGAGCAGGCUCUUACCAUAUGCUUGGGGAAGGAGAUGAGUUACAUGCCUGGACCUAACUAUGCAGAGGAAUUGUGUUCAAAUAAUUUGAUCAUUGCUAGGUUUAAAAGCAUUCACUGGUUUAUCAAGUGUAGAAGUCGGUUGAACCUCUCCCUUGGAACUGUUUUCUAUGCUGCAAAUUACCUUGAUCGAUUCAUAUCUAUGAACCAUUGUAAUGGAUGGGAAUAUUGGAUGGUGGAAUUGUUGUCUGUUGCCUGUUUAUCCAUUGCCACCAAAUUCAACGAUACCUGCACUCCGACGCUGCUCGAAAUUCAGAUGGAAGAUCUUGACCAUUUAUUUGAGCCAAGCACAAUCCAACGAAUGGAAAUGAUGCUGCUAAAGGCAUUAGGAUGGCGCCUUGCUUCUACAACAUCUUAUUCUUACCUAGAAUUG